GGGCCACCAUGCACGUGAAGAAGUACCUGCUCAARGGGCUGCACCGGCUGCAGAAGGGCCCGGGCUACAGCUACAAGGAGCUGCUGGUGUGGUACUGCAACAACACCAACACGCACGGGCCCAAGCGCAUCAUCUGCGAGGGCCCCAAGAAGCAGGCCCUGUGGCUGCUGCUCACGCUGCUCUUCGCCGGCCUGGUGUGCUGGCAGUGGGGCGUCUUCGUCAGGACCUACCUGGGCUGGGAGGUCAGCGUGGCGCUCUCCCUGGGCUUCAAGACCAUGGACUUCCCGGCCGUCACCCUCUGCAACGCCAGCCCCUUCCAGUAUUCCAAAGUCAAGCACCUGCUGAGGGACCUGGACGAGCUGAUGGAGGCCGUGCUGGACAGGAUCGUGGACCCCGAGCCGGGCCGGGCCAACGCCAGCCGCACCCUGAACUUGACCAUUUGGAACCACACGCCCCUGGUCCUCAUCGAUGAGCGGGACCCCCGCCACCCCGUGGUCCUCGACCUCCUGGGGAGUGACAACACCAUCAAUGGCUCAGCAAGCGGCAGCCCAGCCCCGGGAAGGACGUGUAGCGCCCAGGAGUGCAAAGUGGCCAUGAGACUAUGCAGCCUCAACGGGACCUCGUGCGCCUUCUGGAACUUCACCAGCGCCACCCAGGCCGUGACCGAGUGGUACGUGCUGCAGGCCACCAACAUCUUCGCGCAGGUGCCGCGCCAGGACCUGGUGGCCAUGGGCUACUCGGCCCAGCGGAUGAUCCUGGCCUGCCUGUUCGGGACCGAGCCCUGCAGCCACCGGAACUUCACGGCCAUCUUCUACCCCUACUAYGGCAACUGCUACAUCUUCAACUGGGGCAUGAUGGAGAAGGCGCUCCCCUCUGCCAACCCGGGGAGUGAAUUUGGUCUGAAGCUGGUGCUGGACAUCGGCCAGGAGGACUAUGUCCCCUUCCUCGCCUCCACGGCCGGGGCCCGGCUGCUGCUUCACGAGCAGAGGACGUACCCCUUUAUCCGAGAGGAGGGCAUCUACGCCAGGACGGGGACAGAGACCUCCAUCGGCGUGCUGGUGGACAAGCUGCAGCGCAUGGGCGAGCCCUACAGCCCGUGCACUGUGAACGGCUCCGACGUCGCCGUCCAAAACCUCUACAGCGACUACAAUACGACCUACUCCAUCCAGGCCUGUCUCCACUCGUGCUUCCAAGACCACAUGAUCCAUAACUGCAGCUGCGGCCACUACCUGUACCCACUGCCCCAGGGSGAGAGCUACUGCAACAACCAGGAUUUCCCAGACUGGGCCCACUGCUACCUAGACCUGCGGAUGAGCGUGGCCCUGAGAGAGACGUGCAUCAGCAUGUGCAAGGAGUCCUGCAAUGACACCCAGUACAAGAUGACUAUCUCCAUGGCUGACUGGCCCUCUGAGGCCUCCGAGGACUGGAUUCUCCACGUCCUGUCUCAGGAGCGGGACCAGAGCCCCAACAUCACUGUGAGCAGGAGCGGCAUCGUCAAGCUCAACAUCUACUUCCAAGAAUUCAACUAUCGCACCAUCGAGGAGUCAGCAGCCAACAACAUCGUCUGGCUGCUCUCCAACCUGGGCGGCCAGUUUGGUUUCUGGAUGGGGGGCUCCGUGCUGUGCCUCAUCGAGUUUGGGGAGAUCAUCAUCGACUUCCUGUGGAUCACCGUCAUCAGGCUGGUGGCCUUCCUCAGGAGCCUGCGGCGGAGGCGGGCCCGGGCUCCCUGUGACAGCCCCCCGCCCACCGUGGCCGAGCUGGUGGAGGCCCACACCAACUUCGGCUUCCAGCCCGACCCCGCCAGCCAGGCCGAGGGCUACCCCCACGGGCAGCCGCUGCCCAUCCCGGGCACCCCGCCCCCKAACUACGACUCCCUGCGUCUGCAGCCGCUGGACACCAUUGAGUCUGACAGUGAGGGUGACGCCAUCUAG